AUGAAAGAGUACUGGAUCCAAUACAAGCGGCAAUCCCAGGCUGAACAUAAAGCAUCAUUUCCAACGUUCUGGAGAGUAUGGUCAUCGCACUACUCUUUCAUGAGAUUCAGGAGCACCAGCUCUCACGCCCAGUGCAGCGAAUGCGUCAAGCACAAGGCGCUAAUUUCUUCGCUGGCCGAUCACUUGAACGCCAGAAAGGUUCAGCAGGACCUGCUGUACACGCACCUUCAAGCCCAAUUUCGGGACCGAUCCUGUUACUGGAGGAUGAGGGGAUUGGCAAGGGCACGAGGCUUGGAUGUUGUAUGUAUACAAGACGGCAUUGAUCAAAGCAAAUUCAUUGUUCCAAGAACUAGCUUGAUGCGGGCGAAAACAUUCGAGGGCUUCAUGCGACCGAAACUUCACCUCGUUGGAGUGAUCGCCCACGGGCGACAUGUCGCAUUCUACAUCUCGGAACCCAACAUUCCCAAGGAUUCAAAUACAAGCUGCGAGAUUCUAGCAGACUCUCUCCAGCGACUUGCUGUGGCAGGUGUCGACCUGUCGGCCUGCAGGGUUACUCUGCAGGCCGACAACACUUGCAGGGAAGUCAAGAACGGAAUACUCAUGAGGUACGUCGCCAGCUUGGUGAGCGAUGGAGUGAUCGGUUCUGGGAGACUAAGUUUCCUCAGAACCGGUCACUCCCAUGAAGACAUCGAUCAGCUUUUUGGAAGAGUGGCAUCCUUUAUCAAGUUGAAGGUUCGUACUGCUCUGACGUCUUCAGACUUUGUCCACGCACUGGAAGAGUUCACCCGCCAGCUCGACCGACCAUUUGAGCCCCAGCGCUUCGUUGUCAAACUGGAUAGUAUAAGAGAUUGGCGUGGAUGGCUUUCGGAGGCUAUGCCAGUGUCCCUCAAGGGGAUUGGGGGCCCCGGCGCCCCACACGUCAUGCACUUUUGCAGAAGGGUUGACGCAGGCCUGCUUCUGCAGCGUGAAGCAACCAUGUUUGAACUUAGACUUGCAUUGGUCCGGCCAUUGUGUGCCUGA